CGCUCCAACUUCAGUUCACUCCGCGACGUUAAACGUAACGGUCGUGCUUGUGCUCUGUUUAAUAAAAUAUACGUUUAGCUUACUGUACUAUCAUUAAACAUCAGCAUUCCUUAGAUAAUUAUACUGUGUAAUAUUAUUAGUGAACCUUAACCGAGAAACAUUAACGGAUUCUAAAUAAGUACCAAGCUUCAUGAACUGUGAUCGUUAUUUUAACCGUUUCGAACUUUAAUACAACGGUGAGAAAAACGUGUGGUGUGAGGGAUCGAAAUGAGCGGAUUGACCAUCAGAGUUAAUAAAAGAGGAUCGAGGGGUAGUGACACUCUUCUCGAGGCAGCUAACAGGAUUCUCCGACUACUCGGCGUGAGCUCCACGAAGCGCGGGAAACAGCCCUCGCCCAAAACGAAGACGACCGGUGAAAUUCGGGCGCCCAUCGCGGCGGCGGAGUCGGCCGCCGAAUCUCCAGUCAAGAUGCAGGCGCAACCGACCGCAGCGGCCAACAAGCGCACGGCCAAUGACUACAUCUUCCGGAAACUGAUUGGCGAGGGUUGUUACAGCACCGUGUUCUUCGCUACAGAUAUUCACACUGGGAAAGAAUAUGCAAUUAAAGUUUGCGAGAAACGUCAGAUUAUUAAAGAAAAGAAGAGGGAGUACAUAAAGAGAGAGAAAGAUGCUUUGAACAUGCUGUUCAAUGUGCCACACGGUUUUGUCAAAUUAUAUUGUACUUUCCAAGAUGAAGAACGAUUGUACUUUGUGUUGUCUUAUGCCAAGAAUGGUGAAUUGUUGUCUUAUAUAAAUAAGGUUGGCUCUUUCGAGCUAAAUGUAGCUAAAUUUUAUGCCGCUGAGCUCUUAAUGGCCUUAGAAAGCAUGCACUCUAAAGGAAUCAUCCACCGAGACUUAAAACCAGAAAACAUUUUAUUGGACGAGAAUAUGCACUUACAAAUUGCGGACUUCGGUACAACAAAAAUUUUGGACCCAGAAGAGAUUCGUUCAACACCUAACAAGACUGAUGAUGACCAGACGUUGGCAGAGAAUGACAGACAGAGAAAGAUAAGUUUUGUCGGAACCGCACAAUACGUAAGCCCGGAACUGCUGCAUAACCGCGUGGACACGCGCGCCUCGGACCUCUGGGCCUUGGGCUGCAUUAUCUACCAGAUGAUCUCAGGACUGCCUCCAUUCCGUGGCUCCAAUGAGUUCCUUACCUUCCAGAAAAUACUUAAAUUGGACUACGAGUUCCCCGAAGGCUUUCCCGCCGACGCAAAAGACUUAGUUGAGAAGCUUUUAGUUUUGGAUUAUUCCAAGAGGAUUGGAGCUAACGAUACGGGAAAUACCUAUGAAAGCAUACGAAACCAUCCAUUCUUCGAAGGGAUUAACUGGGAUAAUGUCUGGUCUCAGUCACCGCCAACUAUAUCCCCAUAUUUGCCAGGCGGUUCUUUCGAAGAAGAAUAUCCUCUGGAUCACUUAGAGCCCGGCUUAGACCAAAACCAACUUGUGCGCCUGUGGAAGUUCGACUUAUCUACCUCAGAAGGAAUCUUAACCAUCAGUCCGGAAGAAAGGCGUCGUAGACUCGAAGCCCAAGAACGCGACAAUAAAUGGCACCAGUUCGUCGACGGCGAGCUGAUUCUAAAGCAAGGACUCAUCGAUAAGAGGAAGGGGUUGUUCGCGCGCCGGCGCAUGCUUCUGCUGACCACCGGCCCGCGGCUCUUCUACGUGGACCCCGUCAACAUGGUGCUCAAAGGAGAGAUCCCUUGGUCACCGAAGUUGCGCGUGGAAGCAAAGAACUUUAGAAUAUUUUUAGUUCACACGCCAAACCGCACAUACUACCUAGAGGACCCAGAAUCAUACGCCCUCGAGUGGGCGCGGGUGAUCAACGAAGUCCGCAUCGGCACGUACGGGCGCGACACAACUUAAGCGCGCCGCCGGCGCCGCCCCGAGUCGCGCCCGCGCCCCGCGCCCCGUGCUCCGAGCCCGCACCGCCGGCCCUCCGCGGCGAGUGCACGUAGGAUACGUUCUAGCCGUCGUUACGAGCACGAACUAGCAAGGAAGCUUCAGUGACAUUGAAAGGUCUCGAAGGGAGUCGGCCACCGCCGGCCUCAGCGCCGCCGCGCGCCACAUAUGUUGAGAGCGCGCCGACGAGUGCCGCGACGACCGAACGCCCGCAGUCGAUCACGAUCGCUGUCGUUCCCGAACGACUGAUUCCUAAUAGUAUGUUCCGACUAAAUUAAAUUAUUACUCUCGAUUAAGUUCUUAUUUAAAAUGUGGAUUCACGAUUAUUUUAGUGUGAUUAUAUGUAAAUAUUUGUCUUAAAUUAUUAUCGCGAUCGCAUAGUUAUAGUGUAAUGUAGUGAAUAAUCGUGGGCCGUUAGACUUCGAAGUGUACGGGCCCGUUGUAAGAAUGGAUUUGUAAUUCACCACCCGCGUGUUCACGAAGCCCAUUCCGGUUGGUAACUAGGCAAUU